AGCCGGCUCCGAGGCUUUGAGGCGCCGUCCCAAGGGAAGCAGAGCCGGAGAUUCCCGGGAUCCGGAGCCGGCCAUGCCGAGCGCCCGGGCCCGGCUGCUCCGCGCCCACCAGGUGCCCGAGAGUUACCGGGAGCCGGGGAUUCUCUCCGGGUACCGCCGGCCCCGGAGCUCGGUGCGCGAGUGUCUGCGCAGCGUCCUGGGCAUCAACAACGAGACCCUCAACGUCUGGACACACCUGCUGCCCGCCGCGUACCUGCUGUGGCUGCUGGCGGCGCGGCUGCGGGAGCCCGCGGGGCUGGCACCGUUCCUGGCCUACCUGGGCACGUGCGCGCUGUACCCGCUGGCGUCGAGCGCGGCACACGCGCUGGGCGCCAUGGGCGGGCGCGGCCGGCACCGCGCCUUCUGCUGCGACUACGCCGCGCUCGGCCUCUACGGCCUGGGCUCGGCGCUGGCGUAUUCCGCCUACGCCUUCCCGCUGGAAUGGGUCGGGAGCACAUUCCAUGAGUUCUACGUUCCCGUGGCCGUGCUCAACUCCGCGCUCAGCACCGGCCUCGCCUGCUAUUCCAGGUUUCUGGAGGCGGAGCGGCCCGGCCUGAGCAGAGCUUUCCGAACCCUGGCCUUCGUGUAUCCGUACCUUUUCGACAGCAUCCCGGUUUUCUACAGGCUGCUCCGGAGCGCGGCCGGGAGCUGCUCCGAGCUCUCGCUCCGGCUGCAUUCCCGGCACAGCCUCUGCGCCCUCCUGACCUUCCUGAGCUUCACCUCCCGCCUGCCCGAGCGCCUGGCGCCGGGGAGCUUCGACAUCAUCGGGCACAGCCACCAGGUUUUCCACAUCUGCGGGAUCCUGGGAACGCUUUUCCAGCUGGAAGCCGUCUCCGUGGACAUGGAGGAGCGGCGCGGCCGCCUCCCACUCCCCUCUUCCCUGGAAACCUUCGGAUCCCUGGGAAUGGGAGCGGCCGCCAGCCUGGCCAUCCUCGGGGUCUGCUUCUGCAGCCUCCACCCGGAGCCUCCUUCCCGGGAAAAACCCCACUAG